UUCGGAUGCGGAUCUGGUCCUUUUCCUCAGCUGCUUCUCCAGCUACCAGGACCAGAUGGAGAACCGUGCGGCUGUGCUUGACACUGUCAAGCAGAAGCUGAACCGGUGCCGACAGACCAUCGCCUUCAGCGUUGACAUGGAGGUUUCCCAGCCGAAGGAGAAGGGCACCUGCCCGCGCUCGCUCUCCAUCACCAUCCAGUCAAAGAAGCGAUGGGAAUCCAUCGAGGUGGACGUGCUCCCGGCCUACGAUGCCUUAGGGCAGGUGACUCCUGGCAGCAAACCUUCUCCCCAGGUCUAUGAGGAUCUGAUUCGGGCCAGAGCCGGGCCUGGUGAGUUCUGCACCUCCUUCACCGAGCUGCAGAGGGACUUCGUUAAGCGUCGCCCGGCCAAGCUCAAGAACCUGCUGCGGCUGGUCAAGCACUGGUACAAAGAGGUGAGGUGCCCUGCCCUGCCCCGCCCUGGUCAGUGAUACCCUCCUUGCUCCUUCUCACGCUCCGCCAGCCCUAGGGGUUACCACUGUAUGUUAAUGCGAGUUCAGCUGAGGAGCUCUCCCGGCUGACAAAAGAACCUCCCACACCUUAAAAACCCCUCUGGAAUAAAGCUACUGAAGGUGAUCACAGGAGCCCUUCCACCUGCCAGCACUUCUCAAGUCGUUCCAGAAGAUCACUUUGCUUCCCAGCAUUUUGCUUGCCGGAGGUGGUGGUCAUCUCGGCUUAAGCUGGUCUUUCCUAGCUCGCUGCUCUCCUGGAUGCUCUUGGGGUGGGCUGCGGCAGCUGGGUUCCAUCACCCCAUCAAAGGGCCCUGGGUGUCACUGGAGACAGACGGGACACUGGACUAGAUGGAUCUUGGCUCUGAUCCAGUCUGGCGAGUUUGCUGAGUCCCUCUCUAGCAGUCCCAGAAUAUCUGUCCAGAUCACUGGUUCCCAAACUGUGGGGCACACCCCCCUAUGGGCGCACAGAGGAACAUUCAGGGGGGACACCGCAGGGCCUGGGCCAGCCUCCACAGAGGGCAGGGAGGGAGCGCCACCC